UGGGUAAAAAUGGCUGAAGUGGAUUUCGGGGAUAGUGAGCUCUUUGAGCAGCUCGAUGACUCCGCACCGCCCGGCCCGAAGCAUAUUCGCUUCACAAGCGAUGAGGAAGACCAGGAGGAGACGAGCCAGCUCCAGGGCAGACUGGAGGAGUGUGAUGACUCCAUUCAGAGGCUCACUGAAGAGAAUAAAGAUUUGAGAAGAAAACUGAACAUUCUGACACGACCAAGCAUCGCAAUGGAAGAUGUCAACAUGGACGGGCCAGCUCUUCAAAUCUUUUAUAUCAACAACAUUAUUUCAAAGUUGUGUCGUCAAGAAAUUGAAGAUUGCGUCUGCAGUGUGAUUUUGAAGCACCAGAAACCUAGCAAUGAAAAGAGAAACUCCACCUUUCAAAUGAAACCUCAGAAUUCAGCUUUUGAUAUGGAUGAAGAUCUGCAGAAGUCCUCUUCCAGUAAUGUCAGAACAACAACUGAAGCAUUUAAAGUGGUUGGAAGUGUCCUAUACUUCACUACAUUCAGUGUUGAUAAACUUGGACAGCCUCUGGUGAAUGAAAACCCCCAGCUGACAGAUGGUUGGGACAUUCCAACCUAUCACCAGGUUUUCAACCAAGUCAUUGGCACAGAUGGACAGGAAAUAGAGAUGAAAGACAAAAGACCCAGAUCAAUGUGUUUCAACUGUGGUUUGAGUGGUCAUCAGCUGAGAGACUGUCCCAAGCCCAAAGACAUGACUGUAAUAAAUGAGCGAAGAAAGGAGUUUAAUCAGGGCAGCAACCAGACCAUGCAGAGUAACCAGCGGUACCAUGCUGAUGAAGUGGAGGAGCGGUUUGCUAAAUACAAGCCGGGAGUCAUGAGUGAGGAGCUGUUGACAGCCCUGGGACUUGAUGGCAACACCCUCCCUCCUCUGAUUUAUCGCAUGAGGCAGCUAGGCUACCCUCCAGGUUGGCUUAAAGAGGCAGAGAUGGAAAACUCUGGCUUAACCAUGUAUGAUGGACAUGUUCCAAUUGAUGCUAGUUUAACAGACAAUACCAAUUCACAAAACAUCUCCUAUGACGUUUCCAAGCUGGUUGAAUUCCCAGGCUUCAAUGUACCUGCAUCACAACAAAUGAAAGAUGACUUCAUGCAGUACGGGUCAAUUCCAAUGCAGACCAACCACUUCAAGCAAAACUAUGCCGCCUACCUGUCCAAAAACUUCCCAAAGCCUGGUGCCUCCUGCAACAAGAGACGGCAUGAAUCUGAGUCAUCUCCACACCAAAGGAAGAAGACGAGGUCCAGUCCUGAUAGGAACUCCGAUAGGAGCUCGGACAUGGAUGUUGAAUCAGACCCAGGAACACCGUACUGUGAGGGCCGAGGUGAUUUCCAGUUCCAACCUCCACUACCCCCUGGCUCCCCUUGCUUCAGCUCACCGCCUCCUUUACCACGGGGCACUCCUCCUGCUACACCCACUCCCCCACCUCUCCCUAAAGGGACACCUCCUCCCACACCCACUAACGGCUCCCCAGCUCUGCGGGGGCCAAAAUAUAUAAUCGUUGAUGACACCGUGGACGAAACGGAGGAUGAAUUGACAUUGGAGGAGCUAGAGGAGCAGCAGAGGUUGAUUUGGGCGGCUCUAGAAAAUGCUGACACUUCCACUAAUAGCGACUGUGAGACACCUGCAGCGGGAACACCUGUACCCAGUUCACCAAGUGUGUCCACACCUGCUUCUGCCUGCACCCAAACGGAUGUAGUUGAAGAAGCGAUGGACACAACAAGGCCUGAAGAAACCUGCCACAGCAAUAAAAAUCAAAGGAAACCGAGGGUUGAAGAUGUCAGCCCUCAGAGUCCUGGUCCAGUCAAAGCCCAAGAUGUCAGCCCUCAGAGUCCUGGUCCAGUCAAAGCCCAAGAUGUCAGCCCUCAGAGUCCUGGUCUUGUCAAAGCCCAAGAUGUCAGCCCUCGGAGUUCUGGUCCUGUCAAAGCCCAAUAUGUCAGUCCUCUGAGUCCUGGUCCGGUCAAAUGCGAAGAAAACAACCCACAGAGCCCUGAUGAUUUCUCUAAUGACGAGAGGAUAACCGCUGUUCCUCAUCGGAGCCGGUUUGCAGCUGGCAUUGUUCCAUUUGAAGAUACACCAGAGUUCACUGAGGUUGCUGAAGCCACAGGAACAUAUCUUAGGAUCAGAGACGUGCUUAAAAGUUCCCCUCGCAGUUUGGCGAGGAAAAAAUAAAAUAUGUACCGUGUUUGUUUGGACACAUGGACAUUUUUUUUUAAACAAAAACCUAUUUUUUCAUUUUCAUGACCAUCCUAUCAAGCGUGAUUUUAGCUGUUUAUCAUUUUGUACCAAGUUGAAUGUCUAUGCUUUGUAUAUACACAUGUUAUCUGUGAACAUACCACCAGGGAUAGGCAUUUAGGGAUGCUGCAACAGCAAGUGUGUCGGUUUUGAUCAAUUGGUCUCUUUUUUGUUCUUCAAGCAGUUGUUACUCAUGCUGUUAAUUUUAUUGUAAAACUUGUAAUUUCGUGACCUGUAUAAAUGGCUUUCUAUUUUUGUCUCACUCAAAAUGCUCUCUGAGUAAAAAUGCUUUCCCUUG